UAUAAUAUUAUGAUAUACUAUCAAAUCAGCGAAUUACCAAAAUAAAUAUGUCAUUCUGUAAAGCAUCCCAGUUUCUAGUGACUGUCGAAAUGUAGUUAGUGACAGGAAAUUAUUAUUUUUUGCAACGUGUAUUUUAAUAUAUAUUUUAACAAAGUUCACUUCACAGGUUUAUAUCAGCAACAACAUUUUUUAAACAAGUCUUAUACUUGAAAGUGGGCCUGAGAUUAAAUGUUUGUAAUUUAAAAUUUUCAUUCCGCAGGCACUGUCAUAUCUCCACUGCUUAGUAAACGUACCGUAGAUAACCGUUUUUGUUGUUUAAAAAGAACCAGAGGACGUUAGUGUUUUUCCUCAGUUUAUGUAUGUAAUGGCUCUUUAUUGAAUGUGUUUUUGUUGCUGUUUCUUAUGGGAAAUCAACAGCAAACUAACUGACUAACGUAACUUACCAGAUGAAAGAUUCUGGAACAUAUCGCCAGAACCCUGAGGAAACAGUGCACCUGCUGGAGGACUUAGACAAGGAUUUAGAAAAAAUGAUAGAGGAUAUGGAAAAAAUAUCAGUGCAAGUGACCUGGAUGGCCUAUGACAUGGUUGUUUUGCGCACAGACCCAGAAGUGGCCGAGUCCUUGGGGAAACUGAAAGACUUGUUUCUAAAAUGCACUGCAGUGUUAGAGUCAAACUGGCAAGAUGCUAUUUUGGAAUCCAAAGAAAAUGAUGUGGCAGACACUAUGUAAAAUAUAUCUCUACUUGGCAGAUGCAUGAAUUAUAUUAGUGGAACCUAUAUUUUUCUCGAAAAAAGAUUGAAAAUGUAAUGGUUUUCAAGUAUUGUAACAUUUUGUGGUGUUCAUUUUUGUGCUUUGUUAAAAUUAAGAUUAAAUAAACAUGUCUCAGGUCUCCAUACUUAUUAUCUAUGUGAUUUAUUUUUUCUUAUGAGUUUUUCAGGUUUUUAAAUGUAUUCACUCACUCAAAACAAAUAUCUUGCCACAAAGAGUUUUAUCUAUUCAUUCUUUAAGCAAUUACUGGUAGGUUUG